AUGAGUCAGAAUGGUACGACACCUACUACAGAUGAAAAUCGUGUACCGACCACUAUUCCUCAAUCGUUAUACGUCCCGAUGAUGCCAAUGUUUUUUCCUUAUGGUAAUGCCAAUGUACCUGCACAACAAUUUUUUGCCCCAACUAUUUACCCAAAUGUUUCAGCGUAUCCAUCAAACGGUAAUCAUCGUCAUGGGAAUUUUGGAGUUGGUUAUAAUGCAUACUAUACACAAUUUUAUCCUACUCAAAAUAAUAUUUUACCUCAAGCAACACAUGUCACUAAUCCAUCAGUAUUAAUUUCACAACGUCCAUUAAUGCCACAUUCACUACCAGCAAUACAGCAGCAACAACAACAACAACAUUCAUUAACAACAUAUUCAACUAAAGGAAAUGAUAAUGAACGUAAUAUGAAUUUAAAUAUUCGGGAAUGUCAAUCACCCGUAAUAAAUGAAACAAAAACAGCACAAAUUAUUGAUCUGAAUGAUAAUAAUAAUAAUAAUACGUCUGCAAGGGUACGUCAAAAUUCAUCAUCAACAUCUUCACUUAUGUCUCAUUCAGAAUUAGAUCAAAAUAUUCGUCCUCAUCUUCCACCAACUUCGGCUUCGUCUUCUUCUUUAGCUCAAGAAAUUGAUUCAGAUAAUAAUUCAACAGAUGAUUUUUUAACUUUUAUCGAACAGAAAACUAAAACAACGACAACAGCAGCAGCAACAAAAAUGCCAGAAUUAAAUCCAUUUGCUAAUGAAUUUUCAUUUGCUUCUAAUAAAACUCUUACGAACGAUUCAUCAAUCACAACAAAUGGUAUUGAUAAUCAUACAUCUAAUGAAAAUCAUUCAUCAUAUAGAUUACUAUUUGAUAAUCUAAUCGAAAAAAGUCUGGAAUCUAUUGAAGUAUUCAAACAAUCUACAAAAAAAGUUUCUGUCAAUGAUAUGUCUACACAAUGUAAUCCCACCAAUGAUUGUAUUCAUCGUUCAACACAAACAACUGAACAUAUCAAUAAUUCUGAUCUUAUUAAAGAUUAUAGUUUACGUACAAUAAAAUUAAUGGAUAAAUUAAGUGAAAAUUUUCGAACUAUCUAUCAAAAUGAAUUACAUAAUGAAUAUAAAACUAUGGCUCAAACAUGUGAUGAAUUACGUCAUUUAAUUUUAUUUAUUCAUCGUAUUACAUUAUCUUUAUCAGAUGAUGAUCAACAACAAAAAAUAUCAUCAAUUGAUUUAAGCAAUCCAUUUAGUAAUAUUGUACAAGAUCUUGCAAAUGAUACAACAAAUAUAAAUAAAUAUCAAAUAUCAUCACAAAUUACACAUAGUGCUGGACGUGGUACACGUCGUUUAAUGUCAUUAACAAGUAAUUCACCAGUAUCAUCAUUUUCUUGUCGACAAAUUGAACCUAUAGCAAUAGUUAAAUCAAAUUUAUGUUUAAUUUGUCAAAAACCACUAGAUGAUACUGAUGAUGAUGUUAUGCAUUCACUAUGUCGAUCAUUAUCAUCUUAUCCAAAUGUUUCCACUAACACAUAA